UGUUUUUUUUUUUUUGGUAGAGAAAAUGUCUUGCUAUGUUACCCAGGCUGGUCUGAAACUCCUGGGCUGAAGUGAUCCUCUUGCCUCGGCCUCCUAAAGUUCUGGGAUUACAGGUGUGAGCCACUGUGCCCAGCCCUUUAAUUCUUCACUUGGGGUUCAGGUGACAACAUAUUUCUUAUUUACAAAUCUUACUUAAUCUCACUGAUGCUGUCAUUGGCAAACUGACCCACCUUGAAAGAAGCCUCCUUCAACAAGUCUGGAAUCUGUCCAAAUUUAAAUUAACAGGUGCCCCUAUGAAUAUCCUCAGAGAACACACUGUGGAUGCUUUAGCAACCUCUUCUCAAGCCUCCUGAAGUAUCUGGGUUGCAUAUGGUGUCCAUAAGUAGUCCAUGGGCUUCUGAUGUAAAAAUCAAACCUGCCCCUUUUGACCCUGUGCUGUACAGCAUCAGGGCAGUGAUUGCUGACCACAUACUGGACACUCUGGAAACAGAGGGCUCUGCAUCCAUGUCCACGAGCCUUCAUGCCUAUCUGGUCAUCAGGCCUUGGGAAGUAGCACCCCACAGCCUUGGCACAGCUGCAGAGACCUCCUUGCCUCAGGAUGGAGUCAAACCUGGACCCCCUACCAUCUCAUCUGCAGGAAACACUGGCCUGCUUCAUCCUCAGGCUGUGGUGCUGGAAGUCACCCGUCUCUGAGGCACCUCGGGAUCGACUGAGUGACCAGCAGUGAAGUUCGUCCACCUUCUGAAUGAAUGCCAUCAUCAGACAUGAUGGAGCUCAGUGGGAUGCUGCUGCCUUCCCUCCCUUAGCUAGGAUGUCCCUGAUAAAGGAUGACACCCAAGCCUCAGCAUGACCGGCCAAACUUGAGGUGGUCAUCUCAGCACUGAUGCUGGGCCAACAAUUAGCCCCAUUUGUACAUUUCUACAAACUUUUUGGCAAUUGCCAAGAAUUGUCCACCUUCCCUCCUCAUUGAAUUGAAGAAACUUCUUGUCUCAUGGAUACUCAGAAUACAAUCAAGUUUAGGCUAUGAGCAGAGAUGGACGAGGUGGCUACUGCAAUGGAUCAAGGCUAUGAGCAGAGAUGGACGAGGUGGCUACUGCAAUGGAUCAAGGCUAUGAGCAGAGAUGGAGGAGGUGGCUACUGCAAUGGAUCAAGGCUAUGAGCAGAGAUGGACGAGGUGGCUACUGCAAUGGAUCAAGGCUAUGAGCAGAGAUGGACGAGGUGGCUACUGCAAUGGAUCAAGGCUAUGAGCAGAGAUGGACGAGGUGGCUACUGCAAUGCAUCAAGGCUAUGAGCAGAGAUGUAUGAGGCAGCGGCUGUAAUGGAUUAAGGCUAUGAGCAUCUUGUGAAGUAGGAUGUUAAAUCUGUAAAUAUCAGAAUGAAUCCAAACUUACCAGUUCAAAACUGGAUUGUAAAACAGCUCAAAAAAGACUGAAAACACAGCUCUACACUUUAGGAGGCUGAGCCAGGCAGAUUGCUUAAGUUCAAGAGUUGGAGACAAGUCUAGGAAACAUGGAAAAACCGUCUCUACAAAAAAAAAAAUUAUUUUUAAUUAGCUGCGUAUGGUGGUAUGAGCCUGUGGUCCCAGCUUUUCAGGAGGCUGAGGUGAGAGGAUUGCUUGAGCCCAGAAGGUAGAGGCUGCAGUGAGCUCUGAUCACGCCACUGCCUAGGUGACAGAGUGAGACCCGUCUCAAAAACAAACAAACAAAAAUAACAAACAAAAACAGCUCUAAACGAAGGUGGCUAGAAAAGUAGCUCAAGUUGUUCCUGUCUGGUUAAACACAAACAUAAAUGAACUACUUAUGUGCCCAGUGGCUUCAUAAUGCUGAGAGCAAAGUCAAUUAUUCUAGCAGGUUCUAGAAAACUUCAUCAUAUCAUGGGGUUCAAUGAAAAUAUCAAAUCAUAAAUAUAAUAAUCAAAUCUGAAAGUGAAUCUAGUUUCAAAGACCUCAGAAGCCACUGUGUAGGAAGCUCCUUUCAGAUAGAGACAAGGGAUUAUCUGACUUCUCUAUCUUUCAAUAAGAGAUUAUUUCAAUAUUUGAAUUAAGAUUAUUUCAAUAAUUGAAAUAAGAUUAUUUCAACAUUUGAAAUAAAUAAUAAAUUUGAUUAUUUCUCUAUCUUUCAGAUAGAGACAGGGGAUUUUUUGACUUCUUACCUCUGUUGUGUAGCACAAUGUCCAGAACACAACAGAUAUUCCAUAUCCAUAGUCACAUCUUAUGUAUGUGUAUUUCUUUUCCAGCAAGGACUAGAGGUCCUAAGCUUUGUUUAUAUGGUAAGCCAGUGCCCAAAUGAGCAGGAGAAUCUUAGCACAGUCACCUACACACUCAUUUCAAUGCUCUGGCCCCUUAUCCAAGCUAGUCAAAGUGUGGUCUAUGGUUUUGCAUUUUAAGGGAUCCCCGGGUGAAUCUUGUGGCUGUCAAAGGAGGAGAAGCACUGCCCUCAAAAUAUAGAAAGGUGAACUAAUUCAUCCAGGCAGGCUGGCUAUUUAUUUGUGUAUUUAUUUAUCUUGUUGAUGGGAAAAUUCAAAUUGACAUACACAAUCACCCCCAUAAGGAUUUCAGGUAAAAAACAAAGGUUUAGAUAUCAGAUGUGUUUUACAAUUACCACACCAGUCUUUUUACUACAGCAUCUAGUAGCACAUUUCCAAUAGAUUUAGGUGAAAAUUUCUAUCUCAUGAGCCUUCUGUCAGUGUUUUUAAAAUUGGAUACUCUAUUAGUGGCCAUAUUGAAUCUCUUACAGGCAUCUCACUCAAACUGCAGUCAUACUUUCCAAUAGGCCCCAUAAAAAUCCUUGUUCUGGAGCAAUCUAAUAUAUUUAUCCACCUCGUUAGACACUUAGGUAAGUAUAAUAAUACAAGUUUUGUGUGUGUUUGUGUGUAUUGUGUAGCUUGUGGCCUCUUGCUCAGUUUCUGCAACACCCGAAGCUGAUGCAAGUUUAAUGUAAAUAACGUCCAGCAAUGUUAGAAAUGUUGACUUCUAUGAGCCCAUCAGGAAAAAAAGAUGAAUGUUAUUGUAGAGGAAAUUUUCAUUCUGGAAAAAAUGCAUACUGUUUAAAUAUUACUUUCAUGCUUUCUGCAGAUAUUAUACACAGAUAUUAUAUUCCAAGGGUUAUGUUUCAAAGUCUUCAAAAAUAGAAAAUACAUUUUCUAUUUCUAGCUGAAAAUAAUAACAGUAAUUAGCCUACCUUUGGGGAAAUGUGAUAAAAAUACUAAUGAACAUCACAACUCAUUUAAAAGCAUAAAAUGUGCAAUGAUUUAAACUACAUGUUCUUUCUAUGAAUCUGCAUAGAAAUAUAGACACAUUUGAUGAAUGCUAUUUAAAGUCUGAGUGCUUUGGUAAAUGAUUCAUCUAUAGGUUGAAGGGAUUACUUUUAUCUGCCUUCAUAGUGAGAAUUAGAUUUCUAUUCUUUAUAAAGCAGGGAAUACAGAUUGUGCAUGGAUUAAAAGCAUUCAAUCCUUAUUAAUAAUGAUGGUGGCGGCGCUGCAGAAAAGAAAGCCUGUCAGAAUAACGUAUUCAGUUUUACAUCAUAAUCAGAGGUAUGUCGAUCUCUGUUGAAGGCAGAAUUAAAAACGCCUUCAACAUUUUUAAAAUAAUAGAUGAAAAACAUCUCAAAGUCACUUUUAAAAUUUGAAUUGAUGAUUCCACAUAACAGGAAAAGGACCAAGAACAUCUUAAAUACUUCACGAUGGAAGUGAUGUUUUAAGUGCAAUUUCAUCGAGGAGAAGUUUUUCCAGAAAGUCUUUUGACCUCAGUAAGAAUCUUAUUUACUCUUGUAAAUAGUUUCUAGUAAAAUGAGAAAGACUUGAUUUUUUAAAAACAAUAAAAAAUUUACAUGGUUUAAUCUAAUGUUGUGAUUUCGAAAGUACUACUUGUGCCCUUAUAGUUACGCAUGUGUAUUUAUACGCAUUUUCUUGGCUCAUUCAAACGCCAAUAAAAUACUUUACUAUCCAGGCCCCUUAAAAGCCAAAUUAAUUUCUAAAAGUGAGGAUUGUAUGUAUGCUGUGAGGUGUGCGCAGGUGUAUGCGUGUGAUGUGUAUGUAUGGUGUGUGUGUGUCUGUGUGUGUAGUAGGUUCAUGGGGUAUGUAUAUGUGUGUGUGGUGUGUAUUGUGGGUGUUAUGUGUGUAUACUGUGUGUAGUUUGUGGGUGGUGCAUGGUGUGUAUAUGUGCUGUUUGUGAUGUAUGUGUGUGUGGUGUGUAUGUGUACUAUGUGUGGUGUGGUCUGCGUGUGAUAUGUGUGUGUGCAGUGUGUGGUGUAUGUGAUGUGUGUGUGGUGCUGGGUGUGUGUGCACUGUGUGUAGUGUUUGAUGUGUGAUGUGUGUAGAAUGUGUGGUGUGUGUGCUCUGUGUGUGGUGCUAUAUAUACGUGUGCAGUGUGUGGGGAGUAUGUGUGGAGUGUGUGACGUGUGUGGGGAGUAUGGGAUGUGUGGUGCUGUAUGUGUAUGUUGUGUGUAGUAGAUUCGUGUGUGUUGUGUGUGUGCAGUGUGUGGGGGGGUAUGGGUGUGUGCACAUUGUGCGGUGUGUAUGGAUGUGUGCACGUGUGCACAUGGUGUGUGUGCAGUGUGUGUGGUGUGUGGGGGUGUGUGUGUGCACAUGGUGUGUGUGUGGUGUAUCGGGUGUGCGUGUGUGCACAUGGUGUGUGUGCAGUGUGUGUGGUGUGUGGGGGUGUGUGUGUGUGUGCACAUGGUGUGUAUGCAAUGUGGUGUCUGUAUGUGGUGUGUGUACAUGUGCACGUGGUGUGUGUGCAGUAUGUGGGGGUGUGUGUGCAUGUAUACAUGGUGUGUGUGCAGUGUGUGUGGUGUCUGUGGGGUGUGUGUGCGAGUGUACAUGGUGUGGUGUGUGGGGGUGUGUGUGCGUGGAUACAUGGUGUGCUGCAUGCAGUGUGUGUGGUGUGUGUGUGGUGUAUGUGUGGGGUGUAUGUGUUUGCGUACACGGUGUGUAUGCAGUGUGUGUGGUGUGUGCAUGUACACAUGGUGUGGCGUGUGAAGUGGGUGUGUGUGCAGUGUGUGGUGUCUGUGUGGGGUGUGUGUGCACAUGUGUGUGCGGUGUGGUCUGUGGGGUGUGUGCACGUGUGUGUGCAUGUGGUGUCUGGGGUGUGUAUGCGUGCACAUGGUGUGUGUGGUGUGUGUGUGCACAUGGUGUGUGUGCAGUGUGUGGUGUCUGGUGUGUGCAUGUGCACGUGUGUGCAGUGUGUGUGUGUCUAGGGUGUGUGCAUGUGCAGAUGGUUAUGUGCAGUGUGUGUGGUGUCUGGUGUGUGUGCACAUGGUGUGUGUGCAGUUUGGUGUCUGGGGUGCGUGUGCAUGUGCACAUGGUGUGUGUGCAGUGUGUGGUGUCUGGGGUGUGUGCGUGUGCACGUGGUGUGUGUGCAGUGGCUGUUGUGUGUGCAGUGCGGGGGGGCGUGUGUGUGUGUGUGCACAUGGUGUGUGUGCAGUGGGUGUGGUGUCUGGGGUGUGUGUGUGUGCACAUGGUGUGUGUGCAGUGUGUGGUGUCUGCGUGUGGGGUGUGUAUGCGUGUGUGUGGGGAAAAGAAAGAGAUCAGACUGUUACUGUGUCUAUGUAGAAAGAAGUAGACAUAAGAGACUCCAUUUUGUUCUGUACUAAGAAAAAUCCUUCUGCCUUGAGAGGCUGUUAAUCUGUAACCCUACCCCCAACCCUGUGCUCCCUGAGACAUGUAAUGUGUCAAGUCAAGGUUAAAUGGAUUAAGGGCUGUGCAGGAUGUGCUUUGUUAAACAAAUGCUUGAAGGCAGCAUGCUUGUUAAGUCACCACCACUCCCUACUCUCAAGUACCCAGAGACACAAAACACUGAGGAAGGCCGGCCACAGGGACCUCUGCCUAGGAAAGCCAGGUAUUGUCCAAGGUUUCUCCCCAUGUGAUAGUCUGAAAUAUGGCCUCGUGGGAAGGGAAAGACUUAACUGUCCCCCAGCCUGACACCCAUAAAGGGUCUGUGCUGAGGAGGAUUAGUAAAAGAGGAAGGCCUCUUUGCAGUUGAGGUAAGAGGAAGGCAUCUGUCUCCUGCUCCUCCCUGGGCAAUGGCAUGUCUCCGUGUAAAGGCCGAUUGUAUAUUCCAUCUACUGAGAUAAGGGAAAACCGCCUUAGGGCUGGAAGUGGGACAUGCUGGCAGCAAUACUGCUCUUUAAGAAAUUGAGAUGUUUAUGUGUAUGAACAUAAAAAGCACAGCACUUUUUUCUUUACCUUGUUUAUGAUGCAGAGACAUUUGUUCAUAUGUUUUUCUGCUGACCUUCUCUCCACUAUUACCCUAUUGUCCUGCCAUAUCUCCCUCUCUGAGAAACUCCCGAUAAUGAUCAAUAAAUACUAAGGGAACUCAGAGACUGGUGCCGGUGCGGGUCCAUACUUUGUCUCUGUGUCUCUUUCUUUUCUCAAGUCUCUCAUUCCACCCGACGAGAAAUGCCCACAAGUGUGGAGGGGCAGGCCACCUCUUCACGUGUGCACAUGGUGUGUGUGCUGUUUGUGUGGUGUCUGUGUGGGGUGUGUGUGCGUGUGCACAUGGUGUGGUGUGUGCAGUGUGUGUUAUGAGUGACUGCUUCUCUUAGUAUGUGGACAUCAGUCUUCCAGACCAGCUUUCUCCAUGUGUCUGGGAACAUAAGAAACAAGUUUCUGCAAUUAUUGUUACACAACUUUUCCCGAGAGGGACCAAAUCUCUGUCGUGAGUGGGUAUCUGCGUCAUUGCAGGAGGGAAUGUGAUGUCCUGGCUUGGUUCACACCCUCUGUGGGUUUAGGCAGGGUUCCUGCUGGAUCCCUCACUGUGGCCAGAGAGGGAGGGCUCUGUUUAACCACAGGGAACCAGAAGAGGACUGGUGUGUGGGAAGACCAGGUAAUCAUAAUGGUAUUAAUAAUAGUGGUAAUAAUACUGUUUUAUACAUUGUAUAUGUCAUAAGGAUUUUAACUUUCAUGUAACAUAAUUGUUGUAAAAAUGUCCCCAGUUUGUUUCGUGUCAUUUACCUGGUGUUGAAAUAUGUAAGAAUUUAUGUUUUAGGUAUGUUAGGUUUAUUCCUUUUUAUAUGGUUUCUGUUUGAAAUUUUGAUUUCAGAAGACAUUCAUUCUCAAGGUCGUAAAACACACACACAUUUAAUUUUCUUUUCUUUUUUUACAUUUAAUACUGUAAUUAACUUUUAUGUAAGGUGUGGGACCAUGAUUCAAUUCUAUCAUUUUAUAUUCUCAAAUCAUUACCCAAUAUUUUAAUAUCAUAAAUGGAAAAAUCGCUGUUUUGUGGGUUUAAAAUGUUACCCUGUUAGUAAAUGAAAUUAUACUCAAUUUCUGUGUUUUUAAUUCUCUUUCAUUAAUGUGUUUAUUUUUGUACCAUUUCAAAUUUAAUUUUGAAUAGUCAUAACAAUCUUAAAUAUAGUAAAUUUUAAAAUAUUGGGUCUCGUGUGUGUGUUCAAUAGAUGGAUUUAAAAUCACAUUUUCUUGUUCAAAAAUAUUUUUCUUAGAAUUUUUAUUGGAAUUUGAGCAUAUUUUGAAAUGAUUUACAGCAAACUAAAUAGUUAAUAUUGAGUCCUGUCAUCCAGAAUGUGACAUGCAAAUUCCUCAAACCUCCUUUAAUGCCAUUUAGUCAAAAUUAAUAUGUUAAAUCAAUAUAAAUUAGUAUAAAUGAGUAUAACUAAUGAUUAAAAUAAAUUAAUGUGUUU